UCCGACACAAGCGGGUUUGAAUCCCGGCGAAAUGUGAUCCUGCAUUUGGCCCUUUAAUAGGAAUUAGGGAUAAACCUAGGGAAUGGGGAUCCACGUCAAGGAGGCACUGUCUCCUGACCUCUCUCUACGAGCACGAGAGACACGGGGAACCUGAGUUAUACAGGACGAUACUACAGCAUGAAACGUUGACAGAAGAGGAAUAGUAGGAACAGGCUACAGUCAGAAAGUUAAUGAGAAUAGCAGCCGAGAGCCGUGAUGUGAUUUACCGGGCCACUUUACUACGCGAGGAAAGAGCGAGAGAGAGAGACUACAAAAUCACAAGGUCCGGGUCAGUCGGUUACCAGGCGACAGGGUCCAUCUGUCGGGCAGCGGUGCGGUCAACAUGGCAGACGUCUUGGAGAGUGGCAGGGCGGGUGCAGGCUCCGUAGUAGGAGCGGGUAGCGUGGAUUGGCAGAAGCGUUGUGUUGCCCUGGAGAUGCAGCUGCUCAGGUUUCGUCUGCAGGCGGGGAAGAUCCGAGAGCUGCUGGCCGAGAAGAUGCAGGAGUUGGAGCUGAGGGUGACAGAGUCUGACCAACGGGCUGAGAGGGCUAAGAAACAGAUCCAUGUCAUGGAAGAGAAGCUGAAAUAUGCAAACGUACAACCCAGUGAAUCAGAGAACUCAGUGUUCAGAAGGUACCAGGACCUGACCAAUCAGGUGCAGGAGAAAGAUGCAGUGAUAAAGAGAUUAGAGGUGCAGCUGGAAAAACAGAUCUUAGUCAGAGCCCAGGAGGCUAAGAUCAUUGAGGAGAAGGCUGCUAAAAUCAAAGACUGGGUUACGUUUAAGCUACGAGAGAUGGAGAUUGAGAACCAGCAGCUGAAAAUGUCCAACCUGAAGCAGGCCGAACAGAUUAUGAUGCUGGAGGACAAACUGCAAGCUCUCAUGGAGAAGCCUUCAUCUCCCCUCCCCCCCACCUCUCCUUCCACAGACACCCACCAGGUACCCUCCAGCCCUCUGUACCCCUCAUGCUGUCCUGGGACCCCAACUGUCCAGGAGGAGACAGGCUGGGGGAGACAGACAGGUCUAGGGGACAGAGCAGAGCAGCCCUGUAAACCCAGAGGAGACAGAGGAGACACAACAAGCCACGGCACUGUGACAGUAACCCUGCCAGACACUCCCUCUCUAGGCAGCAAGGGCAGGGAGGCUGGAGCUGGAGCUGGAGCUGGACCUGGUAGUCCUGUUCUAACCACUGGAGGCCAGGACCAACCACUAGGUAGCGCUACUCCCAGAGAUCACUCCUCGGACGAGCUCAACAGCAGGUUCCGCUCCCAACGUCUCCACUCUUCCUCCUCUUCCUCUUCCUCCUCCUCAUCUUCCUCUGCCUGUGAAACAACACACGGGGGUCCCAGGACCCCUGAUAUCCCUACGUCCACCUCCACCCCCAAAAACCCUCUCCUCUGCCGCUCUCCAUCUAACUCCCACCCCUUCCAGACCCACACCCAGCCCCUGGCACUACCCUCCCAUACUGGGACCAGCAUGACCCUACCCAAGGUGCGGACCCCUCUGACCCCACGUGACAGCAUCCAGCUGCUGAAGAAACACUACAGUCAGCCCCAGCCUGGAGGUGUGGACCGGCUACACCACCUCAACGUCCCCAGUCAGCCCCAGCCUGGAGGUGUGGACCGGCUGCACCACCUCAACGUCCCCAGUCAGCCCCAGCCUGGAGGUGUGGACCGGCUGCACCACCUCAACGUCCCCAGUCAGCCCCAGCCUGGAGGUGUGGACCGGCUGCACCACCUCAACGUCCCCAGUCAGCCCCAGCCUGGAGGUGUGGACCGGCUACACCACCUCAACGUCCCCAGUCAGCCCCAGCCUGGAGGUGUGGACCGGCUGCACCACCUCAACGUCCCCAUAGACAUGACUGCUUCCAGCACCCAGAGCCUUACGUCUCACUCCACCUGCAGUCACUUCCUGGUGGAGACAGAUAUAGAUGACGGGCUGCCUGACAGUAUGGAGGGAGUGGUAGAGGUGGCAGAGGGUCCUCCCCAGGAAGGAGUGUCGUUUGUUGGGUUGGCUGAGGGUCUGGAACUGCUGGAUCCGGAGGUUCUGAAACCCCCCACCCCGCCUCUGCACCGCUUCCCCUCCUGGGAGAGCCGUAUCUAUGCUGUGGCCAAGUCAGGGAUGACAGUAUCGGAGAUGACCACAGGAGCCAGAAGUCCUGGUCCAGGAAGACCACAGUACCCUGCCGCAGGACCAUUCACUCACCUGAUUUACAAGAACAUCACUGUACCCGUGUAUACCACACUGAAAGGGAAAGCCACUCAGAUCAGCAGUGUGCCCCUGCAUGAUGAUGACUCUGGUUCGGAGGAUGACAGUGGCUCUCUGGCCAGCCUCAGGACCUCCACCCUGGGCCCAGAAAGGAAGGGCAGCACCCCCGGGAGCCCCCGUGCCGUCAAGAGGGGUGUGUCCAUGUCAUCCAUUAGCUCUGAAAGUGACUACGCCAUUCCUCCUGACGCCUACUCCCUGGAAUCUGACUACUCUGAGCCAGAACACAAAGUCCAGAGAACAUCUUCAUACUCCUGCGAGAGCCUGCGAGAGCCUGAGAUGCUGGAGAAGUCAGGCUACCUGCUGAAGAUGGGCAGUCAGGUUAAAGCCUGGAAGAGACGCUGGUUCAUCCUGAGGAAUGGAGAGAUCUUCUACUACAAGUCUCCGAGCGAUGUGAUACGGAAGCCUCAGGGUCAGAUGGAGCUGAACUCUUCCUGUCGUAUCGCCCGUGGAGAAGGAGCACAGACCUUCCAGUUGAUAACAGAGAAGAAGACAUUCUUCCUGACGGCUGACUCUCCCAACAUCUUGGAGGAGUGGAUCAGAGUUCUACAGAACAUCUUCAAAGUCCAAGCCAGCAGCCCCAUCGCCAUGGAGACCACCACCGCCAAACCUACCGUGAGGGGCUGGCUCACUAAGGUGAAGCAUGGCCACUCUAAGCUGGUAUGGUGCUCUCUGGUCAGCAAGGUCUUCUAUUAUUACAGGAACCAGGAUGACAAGCUCCCCCUAGGCCAGCUGCGGAUGCGUGAGGCGGUGGUGGAGGAGGUGGACAGGUCAUGUGACUCUGACGAGGACUACGAGGCCGGUGGGCGUGGCUUCUUGUCAUCUCACUGUACCCUAGUGGUCCACCCCAGAGAGCAAAGCCCCACCUAUCUGCUCAUAGGGACCAAGCAAGAGAAGGACACCUGGUUGUACCACCUGACAGUCGCGGCAGGCAGCAGUGCCAGCUUCAAGGUGGGCACAGAGUACGAGCAGCUGGUCGGGAACCUCUUAGACGUAGAGGGAGAUCCAGACUCUGCGUUGUGGAGGAGUGAGUCUCUUUGUUUCUGUAAAGAUGGCCUGCGCUCCCCUCUCACCACUCUACCCUCUGAAGCUCUGCAGACUGAAGCCCUCAAACUCUUCAAGUCCUGUCAGCUGUUCAUCAACGUACUGGUGGAGUCUCCCUCCAUUGACUACCACAUGUCCCUGGCCCAGAAUGCAUUGCAGGUGUGUCUGACGCACCCAGAGCUCCAGAACGAGAUGUACUGUCAGCUGAUUAAACAGACCAACCGCCGCACACCACACAACUCCUCCCUCACUCAGUGCUGGCAGCUGUUGGCUGUGUGUGUGGCUCUCUUUCUGCCUCAGCAACACUUCCUGUGGUACCUCAGACAGUAUCUGCAGCGUCAUGCAGACCCCAGGAGUGAGGUGGGGAAGUAUGCUGUGUACUGUCAGAGGUCUGUAGAGCGUACCCUGCAGAAUGGAGAGAGAGAGGCAAAACCAUCACGUAUGGAGGUCCUGUCUAUCCUGCUGAGGAACCCUUACCACCACUCACUACCCUUCAGCAUCCCUGUCCACUUUAUGAACAUCACCUACCAGGUGGUAGGCUUCGAUGGCUCCACCACAGUAGACGAGUUCCUGAGCACCCUGACCCAGAGGGUGGGCAUGAGGAAACCACACCUGUCAGGCUUCGCUCUCUUCACUGACGACCCCUCAGCGAGAGACCUGGAGCACUGCCUGCAGCCCAGCGUCAAAAUCUGUGAUGUCAUCUCCAAGUGGGAACAGGCCCUGAAAGAACUGCAUCCUGGGAAAUACGAGGGCACACGCAUCGUCCGUCUGAUGUACAAGAGCAGGUUGUGUUUCCGGGCCCAGGCUAAAGGAGAGACAGAGCGUGAGCGCCUCCUGCUGACCUACCAGGUGAAUGACGAGGUCCACCAGGGACACUUCCCUGUCAACAAGGAGCUGGCUCUGGAGGUGGCUGCUCUCAUGGCACAGGUGGAGUAUGGGGAUCUGGACCGUCCAGCCCCCUCCUGUGCUAGCUGCAGCUCUCCUCAGCCCAAAACACAACAAAUCCUCCUACAGGCCCUGGGACGCUUCUACCCCAAGCACUACAAACAAGACUGCAGCAUGGACCAGCUCAGACAUCUAUCGGAGCGUCUGGCCACUAAGUGGUCAGUCCUUCGCGGCUGCAGUGCCUCAGAGUGUGUCAGAAUCUACCUGACCGUUGCUAGGAAGUGGCCGUUGUUCGGUGCCAAGCUCUUCCAUGCUAAGCCUUUACCCCUGUCGUCUGUAGAACAGUCCCAGGUCUGGCUAGCUGUCAAUGAGGAUGGACUGUGUGUUCUUGACUAUACCAUGCACCUUCUGGUCACCUACUCCUACCAAUCAGUGAUCACCUUUGGCGGUUGCCGUGACGACCUGAUGGUGGUAGUGAGCCAGACCAAAGAACAGGGUGGAGGGAAGAAGAGUGUGGAAAAACUGGUCUUCGCAUUGCCCAAACCCAAGAUCUUGGAGUUGACUCUGUUGAUGGCCAGCUACAUUAACUACUGGACGCCCAGCCUCCCUGGCCCCCCUAUAGCCCAGCACAAGUCCCCAGGACCCGUCUCCCCUCUGGGGCCCCGCGGGACCGGGACAGGGGCUGCAAAGAUGUGGAACUUAGACAGCAGACACUUCCCCUCCAUGACUUACACCACCAAGGGUCCCACUCUACUGUGAAUAUGUCAAACAACAACAACAGCAGCAACAAUCAACACCCUUGCUCCAGUUUAUCUUCGGGACAAGACGGUUGUGUCCAGUAGGGUCCUUAAAGAAGAAAACAGACUAAAACAUGGAGACUCUAUACCUGGACCUGGUCAAAUAAUAAAUGUUUGUUUUCCAUUUCAAAACAUUUUUGCAACGGUGUUCCCUACUGGACAUGACCCAGGACUGAGAAACUACUACAGGCUGUUGUGGUAAAGAGGACAUUGCUCCACAUAUGUUACGUCUCUGACAUUGGCUGUGGUUCUUCUAUGUUAUCCUCAUCCCCUCUAGCCUGAAGUGGAUUCUGUUCCAUAUACACAGGACGUUUCAUUUCUGAAAGAAAAAAAACAUUUACCGUGAAGAAAUGGGAGAUGCAAGAUAUAAUCAUUUGUGGUUCACUUUAUAUGAAGAUGCCGCUCUUCAAAUGUUUGAGUUUUAGUCCGUGCUUAAUUUAGGAAAAAUAUGCUAUUUGAAGGACUAUUUGAAAAACAAUUGAGCCUUGAAAUAGGACCAAUACACACCCUACUUCUUGACCUUGGCUGUCUGGCCGUUAUCCACACAGCCUCAACUCUUCCCUGCCACUCGUCUCUUCCAGAUACCCUGCAUCCCAAAUGGUUCCCUUUUCCCUAUAUAGUGCACUACUUUUGACUAGGGCCCAUGAAGAAUAGGGUGCCAUUUCACAUACCCUCUGUCUUUUUUUAAAGGGAAAAAAGCUGUUAAUCAAGGAAAGACUGAAUUUAUUCUGGCUCUUUGGUACCUAAUAUGGAGCUAGGAAGAAUUACCUAUUCCUUAAACGAUGGAGGCUUGAAGUGGCGUUAACCGGUUUCUGAGGGAAUCUAUUCAACUACAGAGCACUAGUUGUUGCUCACUACCUUCUCCUGACUGGCUUCUGGAGACGCCGUCGCUUUAGAAUGGCGCUAUCUGACGGAAGACACUGCAUUAGUACAAACUAGUACAAAAUACUUCGACUUAUACUUAAAUUGUACUUGAUUUUUUCAUCAAGAAAUUGCACAAAAUGUCUGACUUAUAGAUCACAGCAGGCCAGGGCCUGAGGAGGAACAGCCCACUGGGUAAACACUGGUUGAAUCAAUGUUUCCACUGCAUUUUAACCCCCAGAAAUCUAUGUGAUGACAUUGAAUUGCCAUGGGAAACUAAUUGGAUUUGGAAAAAGUCACCAACUUUUAAACUAAAUCGAAUGACAUGGUUGAAUGUUUUUGUCAAUAUCACGUUGAAUUCACGGUAGUUGACAACUCAACCAAAUGUCAAUCAAAACUAGACGUUGAACUGAUGUCUGUGCCCCGUGGGAGGCAAGGCGCUACGACUUAUGGUACUUAUGGUACUGAUGAUGGUAACAUUCUGACCAAGCAAUGUUUUAUAACAAUUUUGACCACAUACUUUUAUUGUGAAGUACAGCGUAACAAUAUUUUUUCAAGCUGAUAGAGAAGAAUAGAGAUGGAAUACAAUGUGUCUGUCCGCUGUAUGAGGCUUAGUCUGAGAUGUAUCAACUCAUUUGGUGGCAUGUUCCUACUCCUCCACUUACUACCUGCCUUGACAACCAGGGUUGGGAUCAAUUCCAUUUCAAUUCAGUUACACUGAAAUUCCCAUGUUAAUUCCAAAGCCAGUUUUCCACAUUGCCUUUCAAUUAGAGAAUUUGAAAUGGGAAUUUCAGUUUACUUCUAGAAUUGACUGAAUUGAAAUGGAAUUGACCUCCAGCCUUUUUGACAACACAGUGGAAGGUACUGUUAAUUCAGCCAGGUAGGACUGAUCUAAAUGGACAGGUCCAGCCACAUAAGAGUGGACUGGUAUGAUUAGAGCUAUUCAAAUGUUAUUAGUGACUUGAAUUGUUUUGGAUGAAACCACUGUCUUGGUCAUUUAAGUGUUAUUUAUUUAAUUUCCUGAUAUUUUGUUGCUUUUUUGUAUGCUGAAAAUUGUUUGGCAGAACUGUUAAAUGUUGAACUGAAACGUUCAAAAUGGCCUUGACUUUGUUUGUCUCAAGUAGCUGAAUAAUUUAACUUGACAGUUUUACGCUGUAUGGAUGCUGUAUGAAAGCUGUAAGAAUGCUGUAUGGAUGCUGUAUGAAUGCUGUAUGAAUGCUGUAUGAAAGCUGUAUGAAAGCUGUAUGAAUGCUGUAUGAAUGCUGUAUGAAAGCUGUAUGAAUUGUGAAAUAGGGAUGUUAACUCAAUGAAACAGAUUAGAGACAAUGUGCUUAGCUGUUAUGAAGUGUUGUGUUUAAAAUGAAAUAAAAAAAAGUGCAUUAUAUACAGAAGAGUAUUUGGCAUGGCUUUCACCUAUAAACAUUUACGCUCAACAUUCUGGUGAAUACUAAAGCUCUUACAAAAUGCCUGUUCCUUUCUCUCGUUAUAUUUUUACACACAAACUAUCCCCAGACUUUGGCAAAUGUACCAGUGUGAUGUUGCUUCAUCCAAACAGAUCAAAGUGGUAAUGAUAUUUUCCUGCCAACAGUUUUGCUAUAAAUAUUUCCUUUUUUUAAUGAUUACUCAACAACUGUUGUUGUAGUUACUCUAUUAUGACCAAAAAUACUCAUUAUUGGAAACUCUGCUAACUUGUUGUGCAUCAUAGCCCCUAGGGCAGGGCAGACGCUGGUCAGUCCCUUGUCCAUGUCUUUCCUAAUAUCACACCACUACACAGACACAGUCUCUUCUCUGAGCCUGGUUACACUACCUCAGGGUGAGACGAUCCUAUUCCUGGAGUGCCACAGGUCCUGCAGGAUUUUGUUCCAACUAGGCACCACACCUGACCAACCGAGCUAAUUGAUCAGUUCAGUGAUUGCCUAAAUUCAACACACCUGGUCUUCCAGGUCAGUUAAACCAAAAACAUGACCAGGGUUGCCGACCCCUGCCCUAGGCCCCACAGUGGCUCGUCAGGAAAAAUGUUGAAGAGAGGGGUAGCUUGGCUUGUUUUACGUUCCAUUCCUUAACAUUGCUUAUGUUUAUCUCUAUUUUAGCCUUCUGAGAUGUUAAAUAACAGCUUUAGCUUGAUGUGAAUUCAAAUUAAGUUUUUGAAGCUCUCCAACUCGCAAAUUACAGCACAACAUAAAUUCACCAAGGGGCAUCACUUAUUUAUCUGUUUAACAGCAUGCCUAUUUAAAAAAGCAGGAAAUAGGUGAGCUGGUGAUUUUUGGAAAACUCAGUAGGUCAACAAGUGUAAGCCUACUUGGGAGCAGAAAGUUGGUAAGAGGUUGAGUGAGAGCACUAGAACAAAAACACAGUAGCCUGGGGCCAUAAUAUAGUCUGUGACUAUGAGCCCUGUGAAGGUAGCCCGCCGUUUCCAUGGAAACUCUAACGUUGCCAAAGACAGACAUUCUCUUUUAAAAUGUGGACUUCAAGUCCCACACUGGUGUUUUAAAAGUAUGUUGCAUUGUUUGUUAACCUCUAAAGCAGGGAUGGGCAACGUUGAUGGGGGUGGGCUCACUGGCUUGCGGGUCUGUGUACCCACAUCCAUACCCACACAUGCAGUCAGAGCCCUAGCCUUUUGGUAGUAUGAUAUCUGAGAGAAAGCAACUAACAAAAUCAAUGGGGGCCCUGGUCAGUUAUAUGACAAUGAUUAGGCUACUACAAGUUUAGAAAGCUUGCUAUACUAAUUUACCAAUCUAAAAAUGUUUAGCUGACAUGGGCUAAAUGAGUGAGUGUCAGUCACCCAUAUAACAACAGAAAACUGCUGAUGCACAACCAAAUUUCGAAAUUGCAUCUUGUGUAUGUAUUCUAUUCUAAAUCUCAACAGUAAA